CGGCUUGAUCACCGUCGUCUUCCGCCAUCUUAGCCGUCGGAGUUCUUGUCUAUUGGCUUCGAUAAUCCACAGUGCCGCUGUCUUCGUCUUCCUCUCCACUGGCUUUACCUUUCUGGUCCAACAGUGAACGGUGCCAACUUCCGAUUGCCUUUUAAUAAACGAUGCCGUCCGACCCUAAUCUGCCGCGUUUCCUCUGCCAGAAUUGUCGCAAAGCCGUUUCCGUUUCCGGAGUUGAUCCUCACGCCGAUAGAUUUCUCGCCUCGGGGAUGCAAGGUUCUUCAAUCAAUGGAACUGCUAGUGUAGUUGGAUCAACACGGAUGGACAAUUCAUUUGUUGUGUUACCAAAACAAAGGAACCAUAAACUGGGAGCUUCUCAACAGCCUCGAGGUGUAGCUAUGCAAUCUGAGGCUUGUCAAUCGGGAAAGCCGAUGGACGAGUCUUUUAUUGUAUUACCUCCACCGGCUGCUUCGGUAUAUAAAAGUGAACCUAGAGUUGCUUACAGUGGGUGCAAUCAUCCAUCACCUGAGAGCGGGCCUAGCGACAUUCCCGCUCAACCACACAACUCGGACUUUCACUCUGCUAUAGGAGUCCUAAAUCGUGCAUUCAAUAUUGCUACUACUCAAACUGAGGUUGAGCAUCCUUUAUGUCUUGAGUGCAUACGAGUUUUGUCUAAUGAACUUGAUAAGGAAAUUGGAGAUGUGAAUAGGGACAUAGAAGCAUAUGAAGUUUGCCUUAAACGCUUUGAAGGGGAACCAAAAAAUGUACUGAGUGAAGCAGAGUUUCUUAAGGAAAAAUUGAAGAUAGAAGAAGAAGUGCAGAAACUUGAAGCAUCAAUUGCAGAAACAGAACAACAAUCUUCAGAAGUAACUGAAAAAUUUAAGGAACUAGAGUUAGAAUCUAGUCGUUUUGAAGAUUCAGAACAACGUUAUUGGCAGGAUUUCAAUAAUUACAAGUUUCAGUUGAGCUUGUUUCAGGAAGAAGGGGAUGCAAUUCUAGCCAAGAUUGAAGUCUCAAAAGCUCAAAUAGAGUUGUUGGAGAAAACUAAUGUGCUGUCUGAUGCUUUUCCUAUUCGGCAUGAUGGAGAGUUUGGAACUAUCAACAGCUUUCGUCUUGGAAGACUUCCUAAAGUUCAGGUUGAGUGGGAUGAAAUAAAUGCAGCCUGGGGCCAAGCUUGCCUCCUCCUCCAUACAAUGGCUCAAUACCAUUUCCGGCCAAAGUUCUCAUAUCGCAUUAAAAUUCUUCCCAUGGGGAGCUACCCUCGUAUAAUGGAUAGCGACAACAUUACCUAUGAGCUGUUUGGCCCUGCCAACAUAUUUUGGAGCACUCGCUAUGAUAAAGCUAUGACAUUAUAUUUGACCUGCCUCAAGGAGUUUGCAGAGUUUGCAAACUUGAAGGACAAAGAAAAGAACCUUCCUCCCGAUGACUGCUUCAAACUUCCAUACAAAAUAGAGAAUGACAAAGUCGAAAAUUACUCAAUCACACAGAGCUUCAAUAAACCAGAGAAUUGGACCAAAGCUCUCAAGUACACUCUCUGUAAUCUGAAAUGGAUACUCUACUGGUUUGUCGGGAACACAAACUUCCAGCCUCUCACCCCCGCUGCCUCUUCCCAUUCUGAAGCCACCGUCUCAAGCUCAGGUUCUGGCUCACUGUAUAACAGCAGACGCAACUGAUCCUAAGGAUAUUUCUGCUGAAAUGAGCACAACUGCCUGAGCCACUUACUCGAUCAGCAAAGCUGUUUCUCGAUGCAUGCAAUUCUUUAUAUGCUGUUUUUCCCAGUGGCUCUUCAAAGCAUUUCAACCUUGGAAGUAGAAGAGCAUGGUGGAUGAGGAUGGCACCUAGGCUCAGGUUAGUAUCUGAAGAGAUAUCAAUGUUUUUAUUUCCACAAUUUUUUCUUAAUGGGGAGUGGCUUUAGUCUAGUUUAGCCUGUGGAUAUGAACACUACACAUCAAUUGCCAAGCAAUUUGAA